AUGAACGACAACGGCGAAAAACAUACCAUCAACAGCUUCCAGAUGGGAAGACUGCAUGGCAAGAAUGCUAUUGUUACCGGUGCUGCUGGAGGAAUCGGUCUCGAAACCUGUAUUCUAUUUGCCAAGGAAGGCGCUAACGUCCUCAUGGCCGAUAUUUCCGCUCUAGCACUCAAGAAAGCCGCCGCCAAACUCAAGCAAUUAGUUCCAUCUGCCCAUAAAGUCGACGUUCAAGUAUGCGAUGUCUCAAAAGAGAUCGAUGUCGAAAAAGCCGUUGCUCAUCUUGAAUCUUGGGGCGGUAUUGAUAUCAUGUUCAACAAUGCCGGUAUCAUGCAUGCCGAUGAUGCCGAUGCGAUCGAAACCCCCGAGAAGAUUUGGGAUUUGACUCAGGCGAUUAAUGUCAAGGGUGUUUGGUUCGGUAGCAAACAUGCCGUGAUCUCAAUGCGAAAGAACAAGAAAACACGUGGUUCUAUCAUUAAUACCGCAUCUGUCGUUGCGCUCGUCGGUUCGGCUACACCACAAUUAGCAUACACAGCUUCCAAGGGAGCAGUUUUGGCAAUGACCCGAGAACUGGCUAUUGUUCACGCGAGAGAAGGUUUCAGGUUCAAUGCGCUAUGCCCGGCUCCAUUGAAUACCCCGUUGUUACAAGAUUGGCUGGGAGAUGAUCAACCCAAGAGACAUAGACGUGAGAUUCAUUUCCCAAGUGGAAGAUUCGGAGAGGCUAUUGAGCAAGCUCAAGCUGUUUUGUUCUUGGCUAGUGAUGAGAGUAGUUUCGUUAAUGGACAGGACUUCGUCGUAGACGGCGGAAUGACAAAAGCAUACGUGACACCCGAAGGUCCCCCUCUCGCCGCUCCAUCAAACAAUGCGAAUCUCAGUGAGCAAGUCGAUGCUAUCCGCGGUACCGGUAUUCCUAAAUAG